UCCAUGACGCCCUCGUCCUGUCGUCCAUAUCCAAAAAAAAACUUCUUUGGACGGAUUCAUGUUUUCAGCUUCCUCGUUCUAACUUCAAAGGUUUCUUCUUUUGAACCUUCGUUUCUUUUUUAAGCCUCCGACCCUAAACAAAAAAAGAGUUCUGGUUGUGUUUUGGGAACAUAUUCUGCAACAAGAUUUCUAACCUUGCGGCGUGUAGUUUUUUAGUUUUAUAGGGAUAUAUAUUCAUCGAUUAAGGGUUUAGGUGUGACCGUGUGACUAUGGACUCCGAUGAGCAAAUGUCAGACCGGGAGAACGUCGGUCCCAUCGGAGCUUUUCGAAAGCCUUCCAGUGAUGCUGCUAAUAGGAAAUACCGGCGUCGGUCUCCAUUGGGCGGAUCAUCCUCCGACGGUAGUCCCGCCUGUAACAGGAGCUUGAGUCCACCUUCACAAAGGAAAGAUCGUGAAAAAAAUGGUAGUUCUAGACAAAGAAAAGAUGAUGAAAAGGAAAGAGACAAUGGAAGGAAUGGUGAGCCACACAGACCUUCUGACCGACACUCCUCUAGGAGUACUCUUUCUCACCGCAAGCAUGAUGGUCAUACAAGACAUUGCAAUGGAGAUGAUGAUGAAAGAAAUCAUUAUUCAAAAUCGUAUUCUCAUCAUCGGGAGUCAAGGGGAAGAGAGUCAAGAGACUAUUCUGAUAGAGGUAAAUCUGGUAGGAGGUAUACUACUAACUCUGGCAUUGAAGAUGGUAGAUCUACAGAUAGGGAUGUGCAUAAGGAAUAUAGAUAUUGCCAUGAUGAGAAGGACAGAAAGAGAAAUCUGGAGUUGGACAGUCAAAAGUACUCCAAAGAUGAUAAAAAUAAAUAUGAUAACACGGACAGGCUCAAGGAGAGGCACAUUCAAGAAAAAAAUAAAUACGAGGACACAAAGUUUUCUGCAAAAAGGGCCAAAUUUGAUGACAUUGAUGGUGCCAGUACGGGUCGUGGAAAAGAUGUAAUGGUAAAUGAAAAGCAAUCUUCAAGUUAUAAGCAAGGGAAGUCGCCUAGUAGUGAAGCCACUUCGGAACAAGGUGUGAAGGAGUCUGAUAUAGAUGCUGCAAAAGUUGCUGCUAUGAGGGCUGCUGAAUUAGUCAAUAAGAAUCUAGUUGGAACUGGUUACAUGACUGCUGAUCAGAAGAAGAAGCUGUUAUGGGGAAGUAAAAAGAGCACAAAUGUUAUUGAAGAGUCUGCUCACCGCUGGGAUACGUCCAUGAUUGGUGAUCGUGAACGUCAGGAAAAGUUUAACAAACUCAUGAGUCUGAGGCUGCCUUGGUACAUAUGGCCCAUUGUAGGGUGUGAAGGGUGACAUAAAGGCUGAGCGGCAUAAACCCGAUGUCCUUGACAUGGAAAAGCAAAGGGAACUUCAGAUGGAAUUGGAGAAGCAGUACACCGCUGGGCUUCGUAGAAAAGAUGGUCGUACGGUUGGAUUAGGACUCUAAGAAAUUAGCUUUGCCCAUCUGCGUGUGGGUCAACUCGUUAUUAUAAUGUUGUGAUGACAUUACCUAUCCUGCCCGUACGAUGGAGUUCUCGGCGGGAGAGGGGGCUAUUGAAAACUGUACGAGAAAUGAGAAUGUUGAUGUUUGUUAUUGUCAUGUUUUCUCUCUAUUUCUUUAGCGAAAUGAGAGUUCACACCAAACAAAUGUUAAUAGGUCGUUUAUUUUCCGUUUAUUAAUCAUUUAAGCAAUUUUGCAAGAUUUUUACUGAGAUUGCUAAAGACGUAAAGAUGGUGAUUUUUUUAUGUGUACCUGUUUUUCUCUUCAUUAAAUUAAUAAAUAUAAUUUAAUUGUUC